AUGCACCAUCGAUUUCUGAGAGGGAAUUUGGUCUUCUUUCUCGGUCUAAAAGGCCAAGUGAACAAUUACUUCGCAAUGGUCAUCUUCGUCAAUCUUUGCAGUCUCAUUCUCGACACAAAUAUACACACACGCUCCUCGGGGCUCGAUGAAUCCAGUGGGUGUACAGCCUGUCCCAGUCUCUUGCGGUGCUGCAGUCGCGACGUGUUGUCCACAGGCCACGCUUAUGACAACAUCGACGCAAACUGUUGCGAGAGUGGAUAG